AUGUCAGCAGCAGUGCCAAAUGUUACAUUGAAAAUUGAUCCUCAGGAUCUUCAGAUCCAGACAUUUACAGUGGAGAAGCUGUUGGAACCAUUGAUAAUUCAGGUUACCACAUUAGUGAAUUGUCCACAAACGCCUUCUAAUAAGAAAAAAGGAUGUUCCAAAAGAGCCCGUGUCCUCUUAGCUUCUGUGGAAAAAGCCACUUGGAAUCUAUUGGACAAAGGGGAGAAAAUUGCUAAGGAAGCCAUUGUAUUUAAGGAGGAACUUAAUGCAGCACUUAAUGAUGUUCGUAAAGAAAGUGAAGCUUUAAGUGCAUCAGCAAGGGAAUUUACCAAUGAUCCCUGUUAUCUGCCUAAAAGGAAAGCUGUUGUUCAAGCAGCACGCUUCCUUCUGGCUGCUGUCACUAGACUUCUGAUUCUGGCAGACAUGAUUGAUGUGGUAUACCUAUUGCAACAUUUAACAGUGUUUCAAAGAACAUAUGAGUCUCUACGAAACGUGUCUAGUAAAUCUGAACUACAGAAAACCUACCAGAAGCUUGGGAAAGAUCUGGAAAAUCUAGAUUAUUUGGCCUACAGACGUCAACAGGAUUUGAAAUCUAGCAAUCAACGAGAUGAAAUUGCAGCAGCACGUGCUUCUCUGAAGGAAAAUUCGUCUCUUCUACAUUCAAUUUGUUCAGCUUGUUUGGAACAUUCAGAUGUUGCAUCCCUUAUAGCCAGCAAGGACUCAAUUUGCAAUGAAAUACAGAGCGCUCUCAAUGUCAUUUCUAAUGCUUCUCAAGGAAUUAGGAAUCAAAAGGUUCAUCCUACGUCUCAUUCAGCUAUGCUAGGAAGUGCACUUGAUGAGCUUGAGCGUUUAAUCAUAUUGGAUCCACUUACAAUGAAUGAAGAAAAAAUAAGGCCAUCGCUAGAGAAACGUUUGGAAGGGAUUAUCAGUGGGGCAGCACUGUUAGCUGACUCUUCCUGCACGCGUGACUUUCAUCGAGAACAAAUAAUCGCAGAGUGCAACGCCAUCCGCCAAGCUCUCCAAGAUCUUCUGUCUGAAUACAUGAAUAAUGCUGACAAGAAAGAAAAGAGUAAUGCCCUGAAUAUUGCAAUAGAUAAUAUGUGCAAGACGACAAGAAACCUUCGCAGACAGCUUCGGAAAGCUAUUAUAGAUCAUGUCUCAGAUUCCUUCUUGGAUACCACUAUUCCACUUCUAGUUCUCAUUGAGGCUGCUAAAAAUGGAAGAGAAAAGGAAAUAAAGGAAUAUGCUGCUAUAUUUCGAGAACACACCAGCAGGCUUGUGGAGGUGGCUAAUCUUGCUUGUUCACUAUCAACUAAUGAAGAUGGAAUUAAAAUUGUCCAAAUGGCAGCUAAUCACAUAGAGACUUUGUGCCCACAGGUUAUUAAUGCAGCUUUAGCUCUUGCUGCCAGACCAAAAAGCCAGGUGGUAAAAAACAGCAUGGAAAUAUAUAAGAGCACAUGGGAGAAUCGCAUACAUGUUCUUACUGAAGCUGUGGAUGACAUUACAAGCGUUGACGAUUUUCUUGCUGUAUCAGAAGGCCACAUUCUGGAGGAUGUAAACAAGUGCAUCCUUGCACUGAGAGAACAGGAUGCUGAUGAUUUAGAUCGUGCAGCCGGUGCCAUCCGAGGGCGUGCUGCAAGGGUGGCUCAUAUUGUCUCUGGUGAAAUGGAUAGUUAUGAGCCUGGGGUUUACACUGGAGGAGUGAUGAAAAAAGUUCAGUAUUUGACAAAUACUGUGAUUCCUGAGUUUGUUACUCAAGUCAAUAUUGCACUGGAGGGCUUAAGCAGGAACACAAUGCAUCAGUUUGAUGACAAUCAGUUUGUGGACAUCUCAAAGAAGGUCUAUGAUACAAUUCAUGACAUCAGAUGUUCAGUCAUGAUGAUUCGGACGCCAGAGGAAUUGGAAGAUAUAUCGGACCUUGAAGAAGACUAUGAUGCACACAGUCGUACCAGUGUUCAAACUGAAGGGAAAACUGACAGGGCUAAGAUGACUCAACUGCCAGAGGCUGAAAAAGAAAAGAUAGCUGAGCAAGUGGCUGACUUCAAGAAAGUCAAAAGUAAGCUUGAUGCAGAGAUUGAAAUAUGGGAUGAUACCAGCAAUGACAUCAUUGUUUUGGCUAAGAGGAUGUGUGUGAUUAUGAUGGAGAUGACAGACUUCACAAGGGGUAGAGGCCCACUGAAGAAUACAUCUGAUGUGAUUAACGCAGCAAAGAUGAUUUCAGAGUCUGGAUCCAGGAUGGAUGUGCUGGCACGACAGAUUGCCAACCAGUGUCCUGACCAAUCAUGUAAACAGGAUGUAUUGGCUUACCUGGAACAGAUCAAGCUCUAUUGUCACCAGCUCAAAAUCUGCAGUCAAGUUAAAGCAGAAAUCCAGAAUCUCAGUGGAGAGCUCAUCGUGUCUGCUUUGGAUAGUGUCACUUCACUAAUUCAGGCUGCCAAAAACUUAAUGAAUGCUGUGGUGCAGACAGUGAAGAUGUCCUAUAUUGCCUCCACUAAGAUCAUCAGAAUUCAAAGUCCUACUGGCCCACGACAUGCUGUUGUGAUGUGGAGGAUGAAAGCUCCAGAAAAGAAGCCCCUGAUUAAAAGAGAGAAGCCAGAGGAAAUCUAUGCAGCUGUCAGAAAAGGUUCUGCUAAGAAAAGGAUCCAUCCUGUUCAAGCUAUGAGUGAAUUUAGAGGAAGAGAAAUAAUCUAA